CUUGCCCCAACGCUGGAACAGCAGCUAGAAACGAUUAAGAAAAACUGAGAGAAUCCACUAAGAUGCGCUCCUUCGCUAUUGUGAUUUUGGCCUUGGCCUCGGUGGGAUGGGCCACCCCCUUGAGCAACUCCUAUCUGCCGCCCCAGGUGGGUGCCCAGAGUGGGUACAGUGCAGCGGCCUCCAGCUCCUCGGGAUCCUAUGCCGCUCCAGCGGCCACCUUUGUCCGAAAGGCAGCUUCUGCCAGGCAGUACGUGGCUCCAGCCGCAUCCCACGGUAGCUACAGCUCGGCAGGCUCCUCCUACUCCACUCCAGCUGUUUCGCAUGCAUCGUACUCCGCUCCAGCUGUUUCCCAUGCAUCGUACUCCGCUCCAGCUGCCUCCCUAGGAUCCUACUCCUCCGCCUCCCACACCAGCUACUCCGCUCCAGUGGCCGCCGUGCCCUCCAGGAAAUACAUAGCUCCGGCUGCAGUGUCCCAUAGCAUUGUGUCCGCCGCUCCCGCGGUUUCCCACAAGAGCUAUGCUGCUCCAGCCGUGUCCCAUGGAUCGUACUCCUCGGCCGGCAGUUCCCAUGGCUCCUAUUCCGCUCCAGCUGCCUCCCAUACGAGCUACUCCGCUCCGGUGGCUGCUCCUUCCAGGCAAUAUCUGGCUCCGGCUGCAUCCCAGACCAGCUAUAGCUCCGUGGGAUCAUCCCAUGGAUCUUCCUACUCCGCACCAUCCAUUUCCCAUGGAUCAUCUUACUCCGCUCCAGCUGUUUCCCGUGUGUCAUCUUACUCCGCUCCAGCCAUUUCUCAUGGAUCUUCCUACUCCGCUCCAGCCGUCUCCCGUGUAUCAUCCUACUCUGCUCCAGCCGUAUCCCAUGGAUCUUCCUACUCUGCUCCAGCCGUAUCCCAUGGAUCAUCUUACUCCGCACAAGCCGUUUCCCAUGGAUCAUCCUACUCCGCACCAGCUGCUGCAGCUUCCCAUGUCUCCUACUCGGCGCCCGUGGCUUCCAGGAAGAGCUAUGCCGCCCCAGCCGUCUCCCAUGUGAGUUACUCCGGAUCGGGAUCGGGAUCGGGAUCCAGCCAUGGCUCUAGCUAUACCGGAUCUAGCCACGGAUAUGGCUCUGGAACCAGCCUGGGCUCCCUUCAAGGAUCUGGCCUGCGAGGUGGCUUCGGAUCUGGGCACAAAUCUGGUUCCUACGCUUCCAAUGGAGGCUAUGAAUACCGCCUGAAGCAUUAAAGGGAUCUCAA